AUGAUGGAUAUCAGCAUUGGCUCGCCUGCGUCGUCUUAUCGAAGCCGCAGCAGCCGCAGCAGUGGCGACUGUACCCAACGCCCUGGUCUUGCUCGCGAUGCGGGCGGUAGCAGUGACAGCGGGGCUGCCGGCCAGACGACGGGGCUGCUGACGGAUGCAGCGGGGCUGGGCGACGCUAAUGAUGGGGACGGACGCCGCCACUCUCGUCGCCGACUAGAAGACUCGUGUGGCGGCUUUGAGGGAAGCCGCAGCGGACUAGAGCCCACGGCCGCGGGCGAGGAUCGAUGCCCGCCUUCAUUAGGCUGGGGUGGGGAGGCGGCGUGCAGACCGCCGCCACCGAACGCCAGCGUGGCCCCGGCACCGCAGCGUCAGGGGACCGACGUGCUCGUCGACGCCUUGUCGAGCUGUGAGUCGAUGCGGCCGUCGCGGAGGACGCCGUCGUCGAUUCCGCUCUGCGCGCCGCUGCCGUCCUCUUCGUCGCCCGUGACGGGGGGUGGCGGUGCGGUGCACCUGGCCUCUCGUCAUGCACGACCGCUGCUGCCAGGCGACCGCCUGCAUAGCCGCGUGGAGGGGAUGGCGUCGCUCUGCACUGCAGCUGGCCAUGGUCAGGCCUCGGCGGCGAUCCCACCGUUGUCCGCCGCAGCUUCACGUGCAGCGGGAGAGCGUGGGUGCACGGAUGAUGCAGUGUGCGCGCGCGCACCCAGGGCCGCCCCAUUGGAGGCUGACGCAAGAGCAAGUGCGCCAGCUGCCGUCGCCACUGCCGCACCCGCCACGCGGUCACCGGAGCGACAGCAGGCGAACUCUCGCACCUUUGUCCACACGGAGAGCCUGUCACCCCUGCGCCGCGCUGAGCACACGGUGCGCGCACCCCGCAAUACUGAGCGCGACGUCGCCGCUGAAGCUCCUCCCGACGCGGAGGUACUCGGCGCCUGCUGUGGUCCGCUUGGGAUGCUCGCGCUGGAGUUGCUCCCCGGUGGUGGGGGCCAGGAGGUGCUGGGCAACCGACCACGCGCUGAGCGCGCGUUACGACUUGCACGCGUGAGCCACACCACGGCGACUCUGGCGUCGCCACCAGCGCUCUCGCCUACGCCCACCUCCGCUGAGCCGCUCCCUCGACCGCCACCGCUGUCAAGCGCCUCCACCGCUGCCGCGCCAGAGCGACAGCCGCGGUUGCGAGUGCCGUCGCAGCCGCUUGAAUCUGCGAACUCUGCGUCCCCCUCGCGUCCGGUGGCAUGGCGGGGGGCGUGCAGCAGGGCGAGCGCGACAACCGCGACGCCCUCUGACAGCUACGAUCGCGGCGAGUCCUGUCGCCGUCAUUACAGCCGUCGGCACGGGUCUGACUCCCGCCAUCGCGCCGUCGGCGGCGUGGAGGACGGCGAUAGCGCCAGGAGCAGCUCGCCCGGGCUCACCGAGACGAACGGCGCACGACCGCCGUCGCAGGCACCGGCGCCGCGUCACCCGCCCUCUUUCUCGCUGCUGACUACGCGGCACGCGUGCCACCGGUUGCCGAGCAGCAGCGGCAGCGCCGAAGGUGGCCGCCCGGGCGAGGCGCAGCGGGCCGACGAAACGCGGCAGCCGCUCGACUCAUCGCAGGCGUCAUCCCCGGCGCCGUCUCCGCUAGCGUCGCGCUCGCCCUCGGCGCGGGCGCCGCCAUCCGUGCCGCCACCACCUCAGAGAAGCGUCGAGGAGACUCGUGGGGGUAGCAGCAGCGAUAAGGGCGAGGGCGGCACGGGCCCUGCCAUGACGGAGCUAGCCGAGUGGCGACCCCCUCUAGCUACACCAGGGGAGCGCGCUGUGAGCUGCGGCGGUAGUGAUGGCGCCACGGCAAUCGCUGGCGAAAGCCCUCCGCCGCUUCCCCUGGCGCCAUGGAGAGCCGGCGAUGGCGCGUCCUCCCUCGACCCAGGCCGUUGUGGGAGCCACCCCCACAGCAAGAGCCGUGCCACCGACGCACACGGCGUCGCGCGUCAGCCUUCAGCCUCUGACCCCGACGUGGCCAGCGAGACUCGUGCCGGAGACCGUGAGGUGUGGACGUCUCGUGAGUGCCAUGCGUCCCCCGCCGCAGUCUCCCUGAGGGAUGGCGCUGCUGCCGCUCUGGGGGUGGACGGGGCGCAUCGUGGUGUCGCCUCAUCAGCUGAUCGCCCAGCCCACACUCAGACGUGGCCGGCGCAAGGGCGAGCGCUGGAUCGGUGGCGCAGUCACGCAUCUCUAGUCGGCGGCGCGGCUGCCGAGACCGCCGCGCUGUCGUCGUCUUCGGCGGCCGUCACGCCGUCCCCGCAGCGCCCUGCCACGCAGCUACUGGCCGAGUGCGACGACGGCCAUCCACCGCAGUCGCGCCGCGGAGAUGGCAGGACGGCGAAAAGUCCACUCAAGGGUGGCGUCGACGCUGUCCGUUGGGUACUCAGCUCUGCUGGCGCGGAGGACGACCUCUCCGAAGCGUCGCUGGCACCGCCGUCUGUCCGCAAAGCUUCUGGGGCGCGCACGCGGGCGCCUCCCACGAGCUUACGCAGCGCGAGCACCACUGGCAUCUCGGGCACGGCUGGCAGCGCUUCACCCCGUGUGGUGGCGUCCGCUGGCCUCGCUGAGACGACGCAGAGCUGGGCGUCGGCAGUGCAUGUGCCGGGAGCCAGGCGUGCCAGCGCACAAGCGUGCCAGCGCGUGGCCGCGCUGUCGUCGUCCCGUUCACGCGUGCGGCUGACCGUCAUCACUUCGCCGGCUCCGGAGCGCAGGGGGAACAGAGCUGAGCGUGAGUUCGACGUGGGAGGCGCCGUGCAAGUCGGCCCACGUGGUCGGUGCAGCGGUGCGCGCUGGCGUGCGGAAGGCAGCACCGGCGAGGGUUUUCGUGCACGCAACGGCGGCGCGCGCGGCUUUGGGAUCGCUGCGGUGCUGCAGGGCGUCCAUCCGCUGCGGAGCUCCUCGAGUGGGCCGCACGCAUCACAUCCAGGGCUUGCGGCGGUGCUGGCGCCGCGGGCUGUCGUCAUGUGCAGGUCGGGGAGCAGUGCGGAGGUGGACGGUGCCGAUGGCGGCGAGGAGACGGGAGCCGUAGCACGCACGUGGCGGCCCGCUACGUCGCUCGGCUUUGUGUGUGACGGCGUCCGUCGGCGCAGCCCCCGGGACGACUGUCGGAGCGCUGCUGCAGCGCAGCGGCUGCGACAUCCGCGAGCGUUGCAGAAGCCGGCAGCCGCCGCCGGUGCGCUGUGUGCUCGUCCGGACGCGCAGCCCGCCGGCCACUCUCACGGCGACUCACAUGACCAUGUGCUGCCGAUGGAGUCCUCGCCCCUUGUUUCAGUCGUCUCGCUGGCCGUCGAGGCGGCCUCUCGUGUGUGUGCCAGCGCACACCGGGCGCGUUCUGCCGCUACGAGGUGGGCCGGUGUCGCCUCUAAUGGCGUUGGUGGUGGCCUUCUCCCAAGUUCGGCGUUGGCGCCUGGCUACGCUGCCGUGUACAGCCCUCGCAUGCUUGCCACAGCGGUGCUGGAGGCGCGCGAGGCCCUCCUGGGAACCGCCGGCGCCGCUGCGGUUGCAACGGCAGCGGGCGUCUGUCCUUCCGGGCCGCCUACUGCACUACUACCUCCGCACUGCGGUAGUCGCGCCAUGCCGGCGGUGGGGGCCACCGUUGCGGCUGUUGCCUCCACCAGCGGCUGCGUGUCGUCACGGUCUCUCUCCUCGCUGCGGAGUCCGCCACACCUUCGCGUUGACUUGACGGAGCGGAGUGCGGAUGUUUGCGCGAUGCCGGCGUCGGCGACAGCCGAUGCCGCGCCGUGGAGUCUCUACCUGAGCGGCUCGCCGGAUGCCGGGGAGCCAAUGCGGCACCGUGCGGCACCGCUUCAGCAGCCCCUGCACAGGCAACAGGACUUGCCAGUGGACACGUUCCCCUGUCCAGUGGCGCGACGCAUCCCAUUCGGAUUCGCGACCGGCGCUCUUGCAGGGGCCGUAUCACCUCCGCACGACGGGCGCGUGCCGAGCUGUCGCCCCCCAGCCGAAGAGCAGCGUUGCACCACAGCUUCGGAGCACAGCAACCCGACCGUGGCCCGAGCAGCGGCCCCUGCCACUGCUGCUUCCACCGCUCCUCGUGCGACCUCGGCGAGCCCCGCGCAGGCCCGACAUGGAGGCAUUCUGUCGCCGGAGCAUCACGCCGCUGGCGCAAGAGCGAGGGCGCGCGAGCGAGUGGUCUGGGCAUCCGCGGGGCGCAGCGGGGCGGGGGCGAAGGAUGCUGACCAUCGCCACGAUGCGCGUGUCUCGCGCCAGGUGCGCCAAUCACACACACUCGCCCAGCAGCGGCUCAUUCAGGAGGAGGCAUUCCGCCGUCGCUACAUCAGCAUGCAAGAGGAUCAUCAGUUUGCGAUUGAGGUGACGGAGCUGAACUACCAGCGUGCCGUGGAGUAUGCUCAUCAAGCGUCCACCGCCGGUGCGGCAGCGGCACCUGAUCGGCGAAGCGGCCACUCCGCUUCACCCGUGACUGCCGACUGCGACGCAGAGCCGCUGGUGGGUCUCCAGCGGGUACGCCGCGAUCAGGCGGCCAUGACGGCGACGCUGAGCACGCUGGCGAGGGAGCUGGCUGUGCUGUCGCUGCAGGGCAGUACGACGCUGGGCAACACUUAG